ACGUCACUAUGUGCAAAGAGCCCUUUGGUGCAACUGUCGCCAUUACGGCUCUACCGUGGAGAGAUUUCAUUGCAGAAUAACAGCAACCUGGAGCCCAAACGCCGGACUGUGAGAUCCAGUUUCAUAAUCUAUCCGACAGCGACGAGCUGGCCAGCCAAUCAGCUUCGCAAUCCGGUUUCGGAAUGUGUUACCGCAGCCAAUGACGAGCGACGGUUUCAGCCAGUCACGCCCACCACCGUUGCUAUCGAGCAGAAAAGAGAUGUUUUUGUUGUGCGUCGAUACUUACAGCUUCAGAAAAGACGCCGGUUUUUUUUUCGUAUUAAGUUUACUGGGCGAGAGAGCGUAUCAACAGAUAUUAAAUUAAUUAUCUCGCCUGACCAGUCUCCUAAGAAGAUGGACGUCAGUGUCUCCGUGUCGUUCUUUCAAGACGAGCUCGCCUCUACCAUCGAGCACGCAGUGAAAGCGGCUGUAGACACCGUCUUGUGCCAAAUCACAAAAGUUGUCGGCGGCAAAUUCACUGAAUUCCGAAUGGAAAUGGCUGGAAAGGAGAAAGAGAAUGAAAGUCUGAAGCUGAGAUUGGAAAUAUCAGAGAGCGAGUUGAAAGCGGUGCGUCUGUGUGUCAGCGCUGCGGAUGCAAACAUCAAACAAGCCCUGGGAAACAUGAACACGGACUGCAAUGAACAAGACCAUCCGAGGAUUGAGAGCCAGAGGUUAUUCAACAGAGUUAAAGAUUCCAGAGAGAGACGCUCUUCACUUGAAUCCGAGUCGGGACUCGAGGAAGGGUGUGUUUACACCCCACAGGAGGGCUUGCAUCAGGAUUGGGGUGUUUCUCAAAUGCGUGCCGCGGAUCUGACGUCUGUCGAGAGUGAAGCGGUCAAAGAGGAGAACCCGGAACUGGACUUUAUCGUCAUCAAAGAGGAGACCCCAGAAGUGGAAUACAUCUCCAUCACGGGAGAGGUUUCUACAGAGAGGGACUUCCACGAAUUACAGGAGAGCAGCCUCUGUGAGGAUCCUGAACUGAUCUGCAUGAAACCCAAUCAGCCUGUCUCUGAAGACACUGGUUCUAGUGUUGGAGAAGAGGGCACUGUGCUGGGGUCCAUGCAGAGGAAACAUCACCCCCCUCAGGAAAGAGCUGCAGAUGGAAAGGAGGAAGGAGCGAUGCCGUCCACGAGCAGCACAGCAUCAGAUGUCCCAGAAGUCGACUCCGUAGCCUCUUCCUGUGGCAGACAGCUCCACCGCUCCUCCGUACAGAGGCGUCCCGUUUAUCUGCCCUCCUGGAUUACAGACAGCGAGGACCCUCGGUUGAACCGCCCCGAAACUCAGAGCGCCGUGUCCGGUCCCGGGGUCCGUCAGCCGGAUCCUGUUCAAGCCAGCCAGCGAAAUCGCCAGGCGGAGCCUCCUUUCGCUUUCGGUGAAUUUGAGCAGAGUUUCCAACGCUUCGAUCCCCAGCACGCACCCCGCGACGGACCCUGGGGGUGGGGGGAUCCUAGCCCCUCGGGCAACGGGAGAAAUCAGCCGGCAGGGAGCUCACCCUCUUACCACUGCCCAGAAUGCGCCAAGAGCUUCACCAACCUGCGCAACCUGAAAACCCACCGGCUCAUCCACUCGGGAGAGAAGCCGUAUCAGUGCGGGCAGUGUGGGAAGAGUUUCAGACAGAUGGGAGCAGUGAGGAAGCACCAGCGGAUCCACACGGGAGAGAAGCCCUAUCAGUGCACGGAGUGUGGGAAGAACUUCAACGAGCUGGGGAACCUGCGCAAGCACCAGCGGAUCCACGCGGGGGUGAAACCCUACCACUGCACCGUGUGCGGACGCAGGUUCGUGCAGUCCGAGCACCUGAAGAAGCACAGGAGGACCCACACGGGAGAGAAGCCCCAUCGCUGCCCGCGGUGCUGGCAGGGCUUCGCGGACUUGCACAGGCUGAAGAGCCACCAGUGCAGCCUGACCAGUGCGUGAGAGCAAGCGAGCAAGCGUUUGCUCCACACCAGAUGAAAAAGGGGCUAGUUUUUUUAGUUCGCUUGAGAUUUGGAACCUCUUGGAAUGAACUCUCUUGUCCGACAACCUCCACAGAAUUUUACUGGACUGUUCUACUUUCUACCCAGUUCAAAACAUCCUGAAAUGUUUUAAUUUGUGUACACUACCUCCUUCUAUAUAUAUUAUUAUUUAUUUGUGUAUUUAGCAGACGCCUUUAUCCAAGGCGACUUACAGAGACUAGGGUGUGUGAACUAUGCAUCAGCUGCAGAGUCACUUACAAUUACGUCUCACCCGAAAGACGGAGCACAAGGAGGUUCAGUGACUUGCUCAGGGUCACACAAUGAGUUGAGGUGGGAUUUGAACCGGGGACCUCCUGGUUACAAGCCCCUUUUCUUUACCCACUGGCCCACACAGCCUCCUCUAUAUCAUUACACAUACAGCAGUGUGCAAAUUCUCAGAACACCACGUUGCUUCCGUAGAAUUGAUUUGUCGUGCUGAUGAAAUCGAACCGCUGGGACCGAGCAUCUGGGGAAAGAGGUGGUCUCUGUGUGAAGACGUGUCUCCUGCCCUCUGUCCUGAGUCUCCACUUCAUGUCCUCACUGUGUGUCUCUGCUCCUAGUUCCUGUGUUUUAAAAUGUAGAAAGCAUUGCCCUGAAAUCGCGUUGUGUUCUCUGUACGCCUUACAUUAUACACAGAUAGAAAUCUAUACAGGACAGUAGAGCUAUCGAAUAGAUCAUGGUGCCUCAUUAACAUCCCAUGAUACUGCGUGGCACCUUCCAUAUGCUGCACACACUUCACAGAAAUGAAUCCGUCUUCAAUAUGCAGUUUGUGGAAGCUUCCCUCUUCAGUCGAUCGACGAGGAGUGGAGUUGACAUCUCCUGCGUUUCAUUUUCACAGGUCUACAGCGCUGGCUGACCAAAAGUUUAGCAUCGCCUAGAAUUUUAGGAUUGAAACGUAAUUAGAAUAUAUAUAUAUACAUUAACAUAAUUUAGAUCUUUAUUUUCAACAUCAUGUCAUCAAAGGAAACCGGGUAAUAGUAUUGCAUUUUAGAUUUUGAAAUGUCACAUGUUAACGUGACAUAAGUCAGCAGGUUCCACUGGACUUUCUGAAGCAGAAUUAGUUAAUUCUAGGAGUUAGCUCCUAGGUUCGGUUCUGUCUAUUCUCCUCCUGUCUUUGGUCAAUAUAACAUGUUUUGUUUUUAUUCACAGAGACCUAGCGUCACACUGUACUGUUUGUUUACUGGCAGGUAUGUGCUGUUUCCGACACAGCCAAAUGUCCGUCAUAGCGAUGUCUGUAUUAUCGAAAAUAGCGAGAGAGAAAAUAACUAUGCUGGUGCUAAAGUGUUUAAUUGUAUAUCGUUUCUGUUUUAAUAAAGACAUUUACACACGUU